AUGGCUAGUCAAGCCAGCGUAGCAAGCAGCCAACCCGAUCCACGACAGUUGAGACUUAUUGCCGCUGCAGCUCAAGCCAACGAAGCCAGACUCCGCGAUAUCUUGGCCGAAGACCCUUGGACAUCUAGUAACGAUCAAGACGCGCUUCGCCAAUCCCUUCAGAAAGCUGCAGCUCGCGGCAAGCUCUCCAUCAUCCAGCUUUUGCUCGAGUACGGUGCCGAGGUAAACUCAAAGCGAGAGAAUGAGAUUCCUGCUUUAGUAAAGGCUGCCGAAGGAGGACAUGCGGAUAUAGUGGCUGAGUUGCUGAAGCACAAUGCCGACCCGAAUGGGCGUAAUCGCAAUGCGCAGACCGCUCUAUUUAGCGCCUGCUUGAAGGGUUUUAAUAAGGUAGUCGAGACUCUAUUAGAAGGGCGUGCGAAUGUUGAAGCCCAAGAUAAGGAAGGGCGAAGUCCCUUAUUAUUCUUAGCUUCGGAAAAGCCUGGGAAGGGAAAAUGGACAAUUGACACCUUGAAGCUACUCCUGAAUAAUGGGGCGAACCUCGAGGUGAAGGAUCAGAUUGGUCGAACGCCGCUAUUGUGGGCUGCAACUAACGGCAAUGUUGAACUUGCUCAUAUCUUGUUAGAAAUGGGCGCCGACAUCGCGGCUACGAACAACCGUGGGCGAACUGCCUUACAUCUUGCUGCCGAAAGUCACCACAAGGAGCAGCACCAGGAUAUGGUUAAGUUACUCCUUAAUUAUGGAGCUACUCCUCGUGCUGUUAGUGACGGUGGUUGGACGCCCCUUCAUAACGCUGCGCAGAGCGGGUAUGCACCUGUUGUUACCUUGCUCUUAGAAGCUAAUGCUGAUAUAAACGCUGAGCUCUCCAAUGGGAUGACACCUUUACACUGGGCUGCUUUUAACGGCUUUGAGGAGAUUGUGCAGCUCUUAUUAACUCGGCCGGAUGUUGAUCUAUCUAUCAAAGAUAGCUUCAACCGGACAGCCAUGCUUUGUGCCGCUGAGAAAAACCACCCCGAGAUUGUUCAGCUGCUCUCGCCUGCGCGAGCUGCCGACCGCCUAUCUCCUAUCGCGCGUCGGGCAUGCCAAGCUUUCGAAGCCACUGUCGUAGACUUCGGCCAGUUCGAAAAGAAACAACUCGUAUCUAAAUAUUCCGUAUACGAUCUCCUAUACGGAUGGGAUUCCGAGAACGACAAACCAAAGAUUCCUACGUUAACAAAGAAUAUCAAGUAUAAGCCAGAUUUUAGAUGGAUCCAUCUUCCUGCGAAUAAUAUUGAUUGGGUUGAGGUACUUGAUUUCUCCCUUAUGUGGUAUUUUAAUCGGCUCACGCUUCAGCAGACACUUCUUGCCAAGUCCUUUAUUGAGGCAGGACAUCGAGACAUUGAAGCGUUUAAAGCGCUGGAGAAAUGCUUCGACCAAGAGCAUCGCGGGGAACUUCCACAUGCCCACUUUAUGAGGACGAACUCGCAUCGUAUUACCGCGCAUCGGGUUGGUUUCCAAGAUAAAAGGGAGGAUAAAUCAACCCUUGCCCCCUUAUCUGAGGAACCGUCGGAGGUUAGUACGAGAUCGAGUCAGAGCGGAGACUCAAGCCCUAAGCAAAAUGACUAUUUUGAGGAUGAUAUGCCUUCUAAAAAGAAAGGCAAGUCUGAGCAGAUCAUGGAGCGGCAUCCUAAGAAACAUAAACGGGCUAAAGGAGCCCCGGGUAAUCCAUCGCAUCGACAAGAUAGUACCACGAGUAACUUGAGCAGCAAGUCCCAAGUUCCACUGGCCUGGGGUACACCAGGAUUUGCCCCCUCGAACGGAAAAAUCGUCUUAUUCAUGCCAUUCCUACAUUACGAGACAGAUGAGCGGCGGCAGAAAAUGAGCAAUGCUAUCAAAAACGCCCAUGAAAAGCGACGGCUCGUCGAUACCUCCCGAGAUUCACUCAUCAUAAAUGCAUAUCUGCAUAACAACCCGCCUCUCCACCCGCGGCGAACCCUCGACCAGUUCUUUUACCACGGUAUCGACACGUCAGCGAGAGACACGGAUCAAGUGGUUUAUCGGUAUUGUAAAAGGUACUUGUUAGAGCCUAAGGUAUUUAUGGUUGACCAGCUGUGGCUCUGGGUUAUUGGAAAGGAUGAUUUGGCAAUGCUUAUAACCAGUCGUUGUUCCGGGACAUUUGACCGGCACCGGCUCGACGAUCAGGACUUUCAGUUUUUGGACAUGUUUGAGAAUUCUAUCGGUGUCGUCACAGAUCGGGAAAGCCAGCUGUUUAGCCGCUUUAAUCGGGCCUCAGCGCAAUCGGCACGGUGGCUUCAAUACCAUCGUCGUCAGCGUAGUAUUGGCAGGCCGGCUCGUCUGUCUUCGUUUGGUACGUCGGAUCCGUACGAAGGGAACAGUGCAGACCAGUUCCCGGACGCGCUGCUCGAUAUCGGUGUAGAGACGUCGCUUUUGGCCGAAAUUAAGGACAUUCGUGACGAGCUGAGCAUCAUCGCCGUGCUCUUGGAUUCGCAGGUAGCCGCGCUCGCCGACUUCGAGGACCAGGUAACGGAGGAGUUGCGCAGCGAGGGUCCCAACCGUCGCGCCACCGACAAUGUCGUCGCUGAGAUUCGCAAGCGUAGCCGGGAACAGCUGCGGGGUCUCGAGGUACGGCAGAAGGACGUCUGGCGUAUGGACCAGCAGGCCGCCUCGCUCUACGACAACCUCACCGACCUGCUAGACCUCAAGCAGAAGCACUCGAACGCACUCGAGGCCAGAUUUGCGGGCGAUCAAGCUGUCAUCGCAGCAAGGCAGGGUCAGACUAUAAUGGUAUUUACGAUCGUCACCAUCAUUUUCCUGCCCAUGAGUUUCAUCGCCGCAUUCUUCGCCAUCAACCUCCAGGAAUGGCAAGAAGGCACCGCGCUGACGAUCCCGUACGUGAGCAAGUACAUGUUUGGGAUCGGCCUAGGCGUCAGCGUGCCGCUAAUUGCCAUGGCGUUUACGGUCACAGAUAUCUCGGACGCAGCGAAGGAUAUCUUCGGCGCAGGGAAGAGAUGGCUAAGCAAGAGGAAGAGGCGGCUUUUAAUAGGAGAGGAGAAACGCGAUGAGGAUGUGGUCCCGGAACAGGAGACGUAUGUCCCGCCGACAAGUUCGAUAUCGCUAUCGCAUCGCGAGCGUGGUGGACUAGGUAGGGAAAUACAGACGGAUGGACUGUCUGCAAGGACAAGGCCGAGACAUAGUCGCGAGCGUAGCGAUGAAUACGGAUACUACGCGGCAGCGAGAUUAUCUCCCUCAUCGGGACGGCGUGGAUCCGGCGCCCCGCGCAAGGUUAGCUUCGGCGACGCGAAUGGAAACGGUCAUGCGACGGGAGCUCCGUGGACACGGCCUAGUCUUGAUCGUAGCCGUGGGAGAUUAAGCGAGGAUUUGGAGAAGGGGCGGUAUGCGUAUGGAUGA